AUGCCCAUCCCCAUCCAAAUCGCCUACAAACCAAUCGGCCUGCCCGAGGUGGGCCAAAACAACUACCAAGGCUUCAAUCCGGGAAAGACCGAAGUGCUCCCUGCAGGCUGGCAGCUGGCACCAGACACACGGCCACUCACGACGCCCAUCCGCAUCGACCACGACGUCGAGAUCGUGGUGCGCGACGGAUGCCGCCUCUACGUCGACGUGUACCGGCCGGCCGACGCACCGGAAAAAGUGCCCGCCAUCCUGGCCUGGUCGUGCUACGGCAAGAAGUACUCUGCGCUGUCGAUGCUACCCAUGACCGUGUGGCACUGCUGCGUGCGGCGGGCUGACCUGUCGGGCCUCGAAAAGUUCGAAGGGCUCGACCCGGCGCGGUGGUGCGCCAAGGGGUACGCCCUGGUCAGCGUCGACGGCCGCGGCACGGGCAACUCGGACGGCCAGAUCCCCGUCAUGGGCAGCCAGGACGCCGAGGACGGCUACGACGUCGUAGAGGCCGUCGCGCGGCUGGACUGGUGCAACGGCGCCGUCGGCAUGGCUGGCAACAGCGCCCUCGCCAUCAGCCAGUGGUUCGUCGCCGCCCUGAACCCGCCUAGCCUGAAGGCUAUCGCGCCGUGGGAGGGAAUGGGUGAUCUCUUCCGCGAGCAGUUCGUGCGCGGCGGCAUCUUCAGCAUGAGCAACUUUGACCUCAUCACCAAGGAGAUCAUCAAGGGCGGCUCCGGCGUUGAGGACUUCGCCGAGAUGUAUCGCCGGUGCCCAACCGCCAAUGUGUACUGGAAGGACAAGCGCAUCGAUAUGACCAAGAUCCGGACUCCGGCGUUUAUUUGCGGCAGCGACGUCUCUGGCAUCCACACCAUGGGGAGCGUCCGCGCGUGGCUGGAGAUGCCCGAUGAGCGGAAGUGGCUCAAGUGGAGCCCCUACCAGGAGUGGUUCGAGCUCUACAGCGUGCACGAGAGCAAUGAGGAAUUGGCUGUGUUCUUCGACCGUUACCUCAAGGGCUUGGAAAAUGGAUGGGAGAAGACGCCAAAGGUGCGGUGGUCGGUGCUGCAGUUCGGUGACAGGAAAGCCAUCGAUGAUAUCGUCCUUGACGACUAUCCUGUCCCGAACACGGAAUACCGCGAACUGUAUCUUCAGAGUGGUGGUAAGCUAGGCAGUGAGCAACAGAAGGAGGCAGCGGUACAAGAGUACAAUUCCGAGAAGUUCGGCAGUGUGGCCGAGUUCGACUACACCUUCACCGAGCGCGCAAGGCUGCUUGGUCUCCCGAAGGCCGAGCUACACAUGUCAUGUCCAGAUAAGGAUGAUAUGUGUGUGUUUGUCAUCAUUCGGAAAAAAGACAAGGAUGGCAACGUCUUGAUGCAUCUCAACUUCCCGGUAGAGGCCACACCGGUCAAGUGUAUUGACGAGAUUCCCGAGAAACAGCGUGCCAGCUUGAACCUACACCAAGGCAGUGUAGGGCAGCUGAGGGCUUCUCACCGGAAGAUCGACGAGAGUAAAAGCAUUCACCCGCAAUUCCCCUUUCAUCCACAUGAAGUCGAGGAGAAGAUCCCGCCUGGAGAGAUUGUCAAGCUGGAGAUCGGCAUCUGGAAUGUGAGCAUAGAUUUUGAGGCGGGCGAGUCAGUGAAUAUUGCAGUGGGUGGACAAUACCCCAGCCUGGCAGAGUUCAAGUCAUAUUCUGCUCCAAGGCCAGAACAUGAGAAGAACAAGGGAGCGCACAGAAUUCACUUGGGUCCGGAGCACCCGAGCAAAGUCAUUUUGCCCUUCGUGAAAGUGUGA